UCUAUUUUACUCAACCGCAUUUUUCUCGUUUUUUGCAAUUUUCUGUACCAAAUACAAAAAACAUGUCGAAAGCCCAUCCCCCAGAGCUCAAGAAGUACAUGGACAAGCGAAUGAUGCUGAAGCUGAACGGAGGACGCGCAGUCACCGGCAUUUUGCGCGGAUUCGAUCCAUUCAUGAACGUGGUGCUGGACGAUACGGUGGAGGAGUGCAAGGACAACACCAAGAACAACAUCGGCAUGGUGGUAAUUCGCGGCAACAGCAUCGUCAUGGUAGAGGCUCUGGACAGGGUGUAGACCCUGCCUCGGAUCUGGACAUCGUCACCACUCACCAACUGUUAGCCGUAAUGUCUAGUCUUAAGGCUCCCCCAAA